GAAUUUCGGAUUUUUCCUGAAAGUGAAUACGUAAAAGAUCAACAAAUAUCAUUUCCUAGACCAAUCAAAGCAAGAUACGUAAAAUUAAAUGAAUCACUUGCAAAUCUAACACUUAAACGACGACGCUUAGAUUUUAUGGUGUACGGUUGUAAAUUGACAAGUAUCAUUGACCUUACAAGCAACAGUUUAUCUGAAAUGCUACCUCUAGAUCAAGAAUUGCGAUCCGGAAACUCAUCAUUCAUUAGAAAUACAAGUGUUGAGGAAUGUAAACAUCUUUGUAAAUCUAAAAAUGGUUGUAGUGUUGCCAGUAUCAAUGAACAGAAAAUUUGUUAUCACUAUAUGGGUAGUGAACUUGGGAUUUGGAAAAAUACUAAGAUUACAAACGGCAGUCAAUGGUUUGCUAAGCUACAAAAUAAUGUAUCUAUGGUAUCCUUUCCGAUGGCUUACCAGAAAGAAUCGUUUUUUGGAAACGUACAGUACAUAGGCGGCGUCUCUAUAAUAACAUCACCCAGUUACCCUCUAACGGCAAUUUUAGACAAUGUAAUUCUUUGGAUUGUUAAUUUUGUACCAGGACGGUUUGCCAAAUUUAUUUUCACAAAUGUUUCACUAUCUGAGUGUGAACUCAUUGUUAAAACAUCGAUAUUUGGUAACAAAGGAUUUAGCAUUGACGCGUGGUACAACGAAAAGGUAUUUGUACUAGAAACAGAUAAAAGGCUGUUGUUCUUAUCUGCAAUGCCAAAGACUAGAUUGCCACCAAAGAUAAAAUUUCGGGCCAUUGUUACUGCUGAGGACACUCCAGCCUGCUUUUCACUAGAUUUAAAUGGACUCUCUAAUAUAAGACGAGAACUGUGCAAUAAACCAAGUAUGUUUCUUACAUCUCUUUCUUAUUUAUAUCAUCCGUUAAAGUGGGAACUGUUCGCAAUUCAAGCCGGAAAACAUCAAACCAUUGACAUCACCUUCAUCGAUUUCUGCAUUGCGUGUUUUAGAUAUGAAGGGUCCAGAUUUACAGAAAUAAAAUCAAACUUCUGGAUAGAAGACCGUGGUGAAAACGCCUACAUUUGCUCUACGUAUCAACCGCCACAGACAUACAAAUCAACAGGUUCAAAGAUUAAUUUGCAUUACAAACCUGUUAGAAAUGAAAAAAUAAGUUAUAUUGGCAAAAGAGUAGAGGACAUUGAAGGAUUUCGGCUGCAAUAUAAAAUAUCAGAGCAUUCGUUUGUAAAGAAUACUACUGAGGUGAAGGGAAUUGAUUCAACAGAUUUAGCAGUUUGUGCAAGGUUUUUCAAAAAGUGCUACUCCAUAUCAUCUGAAAAAGUUUCAUGGAAUAAUGCCAGCAAUAAUUGCCUUGAGCGCAACGAACAUCUUGUCACUAUAACAUCAAAAAAAGAAAUGACUUACAUCCAGUUCUUACUUCGAAGUCAGUUAUAUAAACAACGUGCGAUGCUGAAGCAUGGAGUAGAUGAACAUACUAAUCCAGGAGCAUUUAUUGGUUUAAGGCGAGUAAAAGAGAAACGAAGGAAGACAAGUUUUUACUGGAUUAAUGGUAUUCCCGUUACUUUCAGUGCUUGGGGAAGCGGACAACCUGCAACUGGAGAGUGUACUUAUAUGUCAUUCGAGAUUUUUAACACCGAAAAACUUUGGUCGACAGUAGAUUGUUUUGAAGACUUGGUCGUUUUUUUCAUCUGCGAGAAACCAUUUCCUGAAGAUGGGUUUCACACAAAACCCAGUAUCAAGGAAAAUGAAUGUACAAGUGUAUAUAGGAACGAAGACUUCAUUGGCUCACCAUACUCUGACAAACAUAUCCCCAUCCUGUCCGGAAAGGAGUUGUCUAGCAUGAAGUGCUCCGAUGGAUCGUCAAUACCGAAAGUGAAUUGGUGUGAUAGGAAUUUUGACUGCAUAGACUAUAAGGAUGAAUUGUCAUGCCAGAAUUAUUUUACAGAUCACAGUCUAACAAAUACUCGCAAAACAAUGAUUAACAGUCAUUUACCUGACCGACUCAAACAUGGAGCGUUUUUUCGCUGUGAAAAUAGCCAGGAGUGGAUAUCUACGUUAGCUAAAUGUGAUAACGUCAUCGAUUGUCUUGAUGCCUCAGACGAAGUCACAUGUUUGCGGAGCAAUAGUGACUUUGAUGACAAUGAGUUUUCAUGUGAUGGUGGUCAUUGUAUAAACCUGAGUCAAGUGGGCGACUUUAUACCAGACUGUAUGGACGGUAUAGAUAAAACCUGCAACUACCGAAUGUGCAAUAUCAAUGAAUUUCGUUGUAAAAAUGGACAAUGUAUUCAACCAGGUAGUCGAUGUAACGCUGUAUGUGACUGUUUUGAUAAUAGCGAUGAAAUAAAUUGUGGUUCCUGCCAAAAUUCAUUUCUCUGUAUUGAUGAUUACAAAUGUAUUCCUUACCGACUGACGUGUGAUAAUUACCCUGACUGUAGGGAUCAUAGUGAUGAACAGAAUUGCAAAGAUUUUAUUCCAACGACCUAUGUCUUUGAUAGUGAAUUCUUACCAGGAAACAUCUUUGACCAGCCUUGUACUUGGGAUUUCGUGCAGAAAGGUAACGAAUCAGGUAGAAUAAGGUAUUCUAGACAGUGUUUGUUUCAAUCAGAUUCAGCUUAUUUUCUUGAUGGUUUUAAGGAGAGCAAUUCUUGUUUUGUUAAGGUUCGAAAAGAUUGCAAGUUCAGAUAUCGUGAAGCGGCUCUUAUUGACAACAACAAAAGUGAUUUCGCAUUUCCAUCCUGUCAUUGCACAAUAGGAACAUUCCGCAAAGGAAAACCUUUUAAAAAAUAUGAUUACUCUUAUCUUGAGCUGUAUAUUGAUUCGGUAACCAGAUGCGAUGGAAGUGAAACCGCAGAAUUACAUGUUCCUGUUGAAAGAAAUUUUUACAAUAAUAUACAGAACACAAGAGAUUUAGCGACCUUUAUUUGGCCAAAGGUUUUUUCAGACAUGGGCAUGACGAUUGGGCUUCCUUAUUGCACUUACGAUUACAAAGCAAGCUUGUUUGGUGAUUGGUUUAAAUGUGACAAAGAUAACAAGUUCAUACCAGAGUCGAUGGUCUGUAUUUAUUCCGUAGAUGCUUGCGGUUACAUGACUGGAUGUAGAUCUGGGGACCAUUUACAAAAUUGUGAAAAUUUCCUUUGCCCUGAAAAUACAGUCAAAUGUCCAGGCAGUUACUGCAUUGAACAGAGAUUUCUAUGUGAUGGACAUAUUGAAUGUCCUGGAGGAGAAGACGAGCAAGAUUGUACUUGUGAAGAUUCGGAUAGAGAAGUUAUCUUAUUUGUGGAAGAUGGAGACCCUGAAAGCGGAGAAACAGCAGUACAUUUAGCUAAACAAUUUUUUACAAACGCUAAGGAUAGUGUUGUGAGAUUAUUUUAUUUUAGGAGUCUGAAUAUAUCAGUGGAUUUUGACAUUACAUUUAGGUUGUUGGAAAUACGAGAAGAACGUGUAAAUCAAUUACAAAAAAAUGAAUGCAAGUAUACAACAAUGGCAAGAGACUUUCUUAAAAGGCUGCGCUUUACCAAAUCAGAUAAAAGAGGUAUUAUUGUGCUUGAGAAUAGUAAUGAAUCAGCAGUUGUUUCCAGCUUAGCAUUGUCCAAUCUCUCACAACCAGAGUUUUCAGUAUAUCGGGUGAUAAAAGAUUUCAGUUCUUCCCUUUAUAAGGAUGAUAAAUACAAAUUUGUAAAAGAUAUUCAUAUCAGUAAAUGGAGGUCUCUGUAUUGGACAGGAUUCAGGAGAUUUCCAGAAAUAUGUACAGAGGCUUCAUACGUUCCAUGUGCUGGGAAGUUCAGAUGUUCUUCAAGUAAACAAUGCAUACCAAUUGAACAAGUGUGUGAUAAUGUGGUGCAUUGUAGAAAUGGUGACGAUGAAAGACUGUGUAACUCUGUGUGUCCUAAGAAAUGUAAUUGUGUUGGUGACUUAAUUAAUUGUAGGGCGGCCAACAUUUCUCUGUCAGAUUUAUCAUCACUGACAAAAUAUGUCAGAAGUGUUGAUCUAAGUAAAAACCCAACAAUUAAAGACAUACACGAAAACCAUUUAAAUUUUUAUUUUAUGUUACGUUUAAAUAUUUCGUCGUGUGACAUUCAUCAUGUUGACAACACAACUUUCUCUAACUUAAAACAAUUGGUGUUGUUAGAUCUUAGUAACAAUAGAAUACAACAGGUACCAGUUGUGUUUAGCAAGCUUCGUUAUCUUAACAUUUCAUCAUGUGACAUUCGUCAUGUUGAUAAAAAUUAUUUCGUAAAUUUACAAUAUCUGUUUUCGUUGGAUCUUAGUGGCAACAAAAUACGACUAUUACCUGAUAUGGUAUUUGGCAUGCUCCGGUAUCUUUCCCACUUGAAUCUUGAUAGGAACUAUGAAUUGACAGAGAUUUCAUCGACAGCUUUUACAGGCUUAAAAUCAGUAAAAAACAUAAACAUAACAGGCACAAGCUUGAAAAGGAUAAGCUCCCUUACAUUUUCAGACUUAAAUUUGAACAGUAUUGAUAUUUCUUACAACAAAAUUGAGGAGAUUGAAAAUGAUGCCUUCAACAUUUCCCAAGUACGUAAAAUCUAUUUUGAAGGAAAUAAUGUGAUAAAGUUUGGAACACAAAUUUUUAACGGCAUAACAUUCCUUCGAGAGCUUCAUACACCUGCAUUUAAAUUCUGCUGUAUCCGCCCUUGUUAUGUCCCUGAAGAAGAUUGCAGACCUUUAUACAAAAAUGAGUUUUCUUCAUGUGAAGACCUAAUUAAAAACCCUGUACUUCAAGCAAUUCUUUGGAUAGUUGGAAUAGCUUCAUUAUGCGGAAAUCUAUCUUCAAUCAUCUACCGUCUUGUCUAUGAUCGCGAAAGGCUAAAGAUAGGUUAUGGCAUAUUUGUCACUAACCUUGCAGUUGCAGAUUUCCUGAUGGGUGUGUACCUGAUAAUGAUAGCAGUUGCUGAUUCAUUCUAUAGAAACAGAUACACUUUUGUGGAUGAUUAUUGGAGAAACAGUAAUUGGUGUGUUACCGCAGGGAUUCUGUCUACAGUUUCGUCUGAAGCCAGCGUUUUCUUUCUUUGCUUCAUUACCUUGGACAGACUAUUAGUGAUCAAGUUUCCAUUUGGCACAGUGAGGUUUAGACCUACAAAGGCUUAUAUCUGCUGCGGAAUAUGCUGGUUUAUUUCCAUAACCCUGUCGAUCAUUCCAAUUCUUUACACAAGUCACUUCAAAAACCAAUUCUACUCUAAAACAGGGGUAUGCAUCGCACUGCCUUUGACGCGAGAUAAACCUCCGGGAUGGAUGUAUUCCGUGUCAAUUUUCGUUGGUUUAAAUUUCUGCACUUUUAUUCUUGUUGCUGUAGGACAGUUAGCCAUAUUCAAAGAACUUCGACGGGCGUCAGUUAUGAAGAAGACACAACAAUCAAGAAAGCGUGAUUUGAAAGUUGCUAGGAAUCUUAUUCUCGUUGCAACAACUGACUUUUUAUGUUGGUUUCCGAUAGGGGUCAUGGGUAUUUUGUCAUUAAUUGGAUUUGCGAUUCCAAGUGAUGUGUAUGCAUGGACAGCAAUUUUUGUGUUACCAAUUAACUCUGCACUCAACCCAUUUCUGUAUACGGUGUCAGCAAUACUCGGAAAGAAGAGUUUUAAUCCAAGCAUUGGUGAGCAGAGUCGAACAAUGGUCCAGAAAGAAUAUGGCAGCGUCAUUUUAAAAUAUCAGAAAUUAAGCAGAUCUGUUCGCAUGAAACAAGAAGGUGUUCCCAUAGGAACAAUGCGUAGUAUCCAAGAAAUACUAAAUGACGAUAGAUGUUUGUCAAUCAGUAUUGUUGCAGCACUAUCCAAACAACUUGCCGAAUAUCUUUGUCUGUUAGAUGAGUGUUUCAUUGUCAUAGACGAGAUAUGUGAGACGAAUGUUUACAUAACAAAGGGUAAAUAUCCAAUUGUUGUUAUAGAUGCAAAAUCUUCGAUAGCUGCCGAUGAAAGAGCUCUACAGGAAAAUAUUUGCCAAUAUGGAAAACUUCUUCGAAAACUUGUUUCAAAAUGUGAUAAGAAUUUGAAAUAAAUAAGAAAAGAAACGCAAUGGUGUUAACUAUUUGUUUCUUAGUUUUAUGACACAUCUAUUACUCGUAUUUUAGUUUGAACUAGAUUUACUGUAAAUGGCAAACUGUAUAGUAUGUCUGUUUAAUUGAGUUAGAAUUGAUGAAGUCAUGUUUUGUAUAUAUGUUUCAAUAAAUUUUCUGAUUUAUAUUUCAUACAGUGACAAAUCGUUGCUUAUAUUUAACGAGAGUUUUGUUGUUGUUGUUGUUGUUUGUAUGUUGUUUUUGUUGUUGUUGGUACUGGUUGAUAUAAACGUGGGUAAUUAUAUUUAUCUUUAUCAAUUAUUCAUAUGCUAUUUAAUUUUAUAAAUGUCUUGACGUUGACCAAGUUUUUUUAUCAAUUUUUAGUAAAUGUUUUAACAAUGUAUUGACGACCAGAUAACCCCUGGUCCUUAUUUCUUGACUAUUUUUUAUUUUGAGUGUAUUCAUUAUGAUGUUUUAUUCAAACUUAUCAUGUUGUUAACAUCUAUUUUAGUUAAGAUAAUUUAAAUACAUACAUUCAAUCAUUAAUCUGUUUCUAUUUAUUCAAAGUCGAAUAUUUCAUACAGUGACAAAUCGUUGGUUAUAUUUGUCAUAAAUAGAAUCCGUUGGACUAACAUACCAAUGACUGCUGCACAGAGUCAUGUCAUUUGCUUUAGGAUACAACAAAUAAGUACUUACUAGUUGAAUGAAUUAUUGUCAUUUAUUUUUGAAAUGACUGUUCUCAACAAUAAAUCUUUAUAUUUUUACCAAAUGUUUAUAAUCUAAUGUUUUACAAAAUAUCUAACUAAGAAUUCUAAGCAAAGGUUGGUCAUCAGAACCGCCUACAUGCAAAAUUAUAAUCUACAAAGUCAUAAAUCAUCAAUAAAUGGAGGUGGAGGGGAGGUGGUGGUACAGCUUAAUUCUAAGUAAAUUUUAAUUCAGUUGCAAUGCUUAUUCUGCAUCAACUUCUCGCUGAAAGAUGGCGAAUGUUUAUCAGCAAUUUAUCAUGCCGCUGUGAUACGGUUAGAACAAAGAAAUCAUGCACUGAUCACGCGCUGGUGUCAUAAGAGUUACACACCGUGAAAGUUACUAACUAAAUAAAGCUGCCGACCACAAAAUACCCUCCUUCCACCUUCGGCUGUAUACACCUUAAAGAUUAUAAGUCCAAUUUUUUCAAUCCAAAGAACUUUAUCUUCGAUGAAAGUAAUAUUUAACGUUUUUGUUGUUGUUCUUCAUUAUUGUUGUUUGUUGUUUUUGUGUCGUUGUUGGUUGAUAUUAACUUGUAUAAUGAUAUUUCAUUUUCUUAUCAGUUAUUUAUAUGAUAUUUAAUUUUAUAAAUGUCUUGACGUUGACCAUGUUUUUUAUCAAUUUUUAGUAAAUGUUUUAAUAAUAUUAUUGCCAUUAACGACCAGAUAACCAGUUAUCUAUAAUAACUGGCUCAUUUUUAGUUUUAAUUGUAUUCAUUAUGAUGUUUUCUUUAAACUUAUCAUGUUGUUAACAUGUACAUUAAUUAAGAUAUUUUAAUCACAUACAUUAAAUCAUUAAUCUUUUUUCUAUUUUCUCGAAGUCGUUCAUAUUUCAUAUAGUGACAAUCGUUGCUUAUUUUUAACGUUUUUUGUUGUUAUUUUUAGCUCACCUGCCACAAAGUGACAUGGUGAGCUUUUGUAAUUUGGUGAUCACUUUUCGUCCGUCUGUCCGUCGUCCGUAAACUUUUACUUUGAACGGCAUCCCCUCAUAAAUCGCUAAGCCAAUUUCAUCCAAACUUCACAGGAAUGGUUCAUUGGUGGUCACCUUUAAAAAUUGUUCAAAUAAUUUAAUUCCAUGCAGAACUCUGGUUGCCAUGGCAACAGAAAGAAAAAACUUAAAAUAUCUUCUUUUAAAAAAACGAAAGAGCUAGAGCUUAGAUAUUUGGCAUGAAAUAUCUU